UGCUGUUCAAUUAAGUAUAUAUAUUUUUUUUUCCUGCUUAAUGAUAGAAGAUUAUCCAGAAUACAUUAUAGGAGAGAGAACUAGUAGUGUAACUUUAUUUUAUCUUUAAGCAUUACCCAAGACUACUCAUAAGCUAUAAUUAGGAAGGAGAAAAACGAUAUCAUGUAAAAUGGGUUGGUUGCGAUGUUGAUGAUAGCACAUGGGAAACGAAAGAAAAGAUGGAAUCUGAAUGGCCAUCAUCAGUAAAGAAUUACAAAAACGAUAUAGCGAAUAAGACACUAAAACGAUACCAACUACCAAAACAAGAUCCAGGUCUGGAGGAAGCUGUAUUUAACUAUACGAAUACAGUAGAAGAUUGGGAAUCAGAGGUUGCCUCGAUUGACUAUGUAGAAAGAUCAAAGAUUCCUGGCCUUAUCGUAUAUAUUCGAUGGAAAAAUGGAUAUAGAACUGUUCAUCAUUCUUCAGAAGUUUAUUUAAAAUGCCCACAAAAAAUGAUUGAAUAUUUUGAACAAUUUGCCAUUUUUAAUGAAAUCUUCGAUGAAGACUAGAUGAAUUCUAUAUAUAGAAGAAAGCAUGAAAAGAGUCCACUUGUACAUAACUAUUAUUACGCUCAUCAUCUAUUUGUAUCUUGUGAUAUAUAAAGGAGAAUAUUCUUUAUUUUUUUAUUUUUUAAACAUUAUAUGUAAGAACAACUUUUUUUUUUCAUUAAACGAGAGAAUAAAUACUAUUUUUUUUUCUUUUUUUUUCUUUUUUUAUAUACUGGGUAAACUAACAAGUGAAGGAAAAGCAUAA